AUUUGACGGAGACUGUGUAUAAUAUGAUACUAAGUGCAUGCCGAGAGUUGUAUUUUAUAUUACAUUACUUAAUUAAUUAAAAGAUAUUGAAAACAAAUCAGUGAAACAAACGAUUUAGGAAAAUGUCAUUUUAUUUGCGUUCACUUCCAAAUAAAUUUACAUCUUUUGUUAAUAUACGUAGCAGACAGGUUACUGACAUCAACUAUCAAUUACCAAAAAAUGUUAAAUCCUCUUUAUUUUUAGAAGAAUUUUUAGAUAUACAAACAUCAACAAGCGCAAUAAUAAAUAAGAAAGAAACACCUUUGAAUUUAUUAGUUCCUUCAUUAAGUCAAAAUGUACCAGUUACUUUUGUCAGUAUUAAUAAUGAAAAUCUUAAAGCUCUAAACAAGAAAUGCAAUUGGAAUAAACAAUGGAUGAUCAAAUUAUAUCAACAAAGACAAAUACAUAAUCAGAAUAUAAGACAUGAUGUCAAUUUCGAUGUAGCAAGCACAACAUUAUUAAGAAAUAAUGCACAGUACGAAAAAUCAUUUGUAAAAUUAAAAAACAAAAUACCUAAUUUAUCGUGUAUAGAGAUGACACCAGUUAAAGAGACAUUUUAUAAUGUAUUAUCUAAAUCUACAAAGAAUGAAAUUCUUUACAAAAAAGUUUAUCCUAAUAUGCAGAAUAAAAGUGAGAUGCAAACUUCUGAAAAUCAUAAAUCAUUUAAAACACAACUGCAAAAUGUAUAUGAUAUUCUUCGUGAAGAUUUACCAUUACUGUUUACUCGAUCAUUGAAUAGUAAAAUUUAUACAGAAGAUUUAAUAUUUGUGAAUAACAUUAGAGGAACAACAACUGUUGGAAUUCAUCAAUACUUUAAGCAAAUAUCAUUAUUAAGAUUAAUAGGCCAUAUCAAGUUUGCUUAUGUUAAGUUGGGUAUUAUAAAAAUGAGUAUACACCCUGAAGAUAGUAGCAUUAAAGUUCGUUGGCGUAUAGCAGGCAUUUCUGGUACAAGGGUAAUUUUCACAUUUUGGAGAUAUAAAAUCUGGAAUACUAAAAGUGAAUUAGAUUCUGCACCAGCGUGGUAUGAUGGCUUUUCUACAUUUUAUGUUAAUAAUGAUGGCAAAAUAUUUAAGCAUGUCGUCGAUAAAACGAUGCCUGAGCAAGAUCAAAGGAAAAUUAAAGCACCCAUUGAAACAAAACUGGCAUUAUUUAUUAACUUGUUACACGUAGACUCCGAUUUUUAGAAAAUAUCUUUUGCAUUACUACGAAUAAAAUGAAUUUGUUAAUACUUUUUUAAUUAUUGCAUUAUGUAAAAAACGAAAACAAUAAACAAUGAAGC